AUGCUGGGCCAGUGCACCCCGCUUCCCAUCCUAGCUGGGCUGCUGUCUCUGGGAUCUGCCCUGUCCCAGUUGUGUACCAAGGACAACGUGAGCACCUGUCAGGACUGUAUCCGGGCAGGGCCCAGCUGCGCCUGGUGCCAGAAACUGAACUUCACAGGGCAAGGGGAGUCCGACUCAGUUCGCUGUGACACUCCAGAGCAACUGUUGCUAAAAGGCUGCACAUCUGAGUACCUUGUGGACCCCAAGAGUCUUGCCGAACCCCAGGAGGACAAGGAGAGGGACCAGAAGCAGCUGUCCCCACAAAAUGUGACAGUUUUUUUGAGACCAGGUCAAGCGGCAACAUUCCAAGUGGACUUCCGGAGGACCCAGGACAACUUGGUUGACCUGUACUUCCUGAUGGGCCUCUCUGGCUCUGUGCAAGGCCACCUCUCCAAUGUCCAGAUGCUGGGAAGUGGCCUGCUCCAAGCCCUCAAUGAGAUCUCCAGGUCAGGCCAAAUCGGCUUCGGAUCCAUCGUGAACAUGACCUUCCAGCACAUCCUGAAGCUGACUGCAGACUCGAACCAAUUUCAGAGGGAGUUGAGGGAACAACUGGUUUCUGGAAAGUUGGCUACACCCAAGGGACAGCUAGAUGCUCUGGUGCAAGUUGCCACGUGCCUGGGAGAAAUCGGCUGGCGCAAUGGGACCCGGUUUCUGGUGCUUGCCACUGACAAUGAUUUCCACUUUGCUAAAGACAAGACUCCAGGUACCAGACAGAACACCAGCGAUGGUCACUGUCACCUGGAAGACGGCAUAUACAGGAGCAGGAGAGAACCUGACUACAAGUUGGUGGUCCAGCUGGCUAGCAAACUGGCUGAAAACAACAUCCAGCCCAUCUUCCUGGUGCCCUCGAGGAUGGUGGAAACCUAUGAGAAACUGACUACAUUCAUCCCCAAGCUGACUAUCGGGGAGCUGUCAGAUGACUCCAGCAACGUGGCACAGCUCAUCAGGAACACCUACAGUAAACUCUCCUCCAGAGUCGUCCUGAACCACAGUACCAUCCUCAGCAUCCUGAAAGUUACCUAUGACUCUUACUGCAGCAAUAGAACAUCAAGUACAGGCAAAUCCAGAGGGGACUGCAACGAUGUGCAGAUCAAUGACCAGGUCACCUUCCAGGUUAACAUCACAGCUUCACAGUGCUUCCGGGAACAGUCAUUUUUCAUCCAGGCACCGGGCUUCACGGAUUCAGUGACCGUGCGGGUCUUUCCCCUGUGUGAGUGCCAGUGCCAGGAGCAGAGCCAGCAGCACGGCCUCUGUGGAGGCAAGGGUGCCCUGGAGUGUGGCAUCUGCAGGUGCAACUCUAGCUACGUUGGGAAAAACUGUGAGUGCCAGCUGCAGGGCCGGAGCAGCCAGGAUCUGGAGGGAAGCUGCCGGAAGGACAAUAGUUCCAUCGUGUGCUCGGGGCUGGGGGAUUGUAUCUGUGGGCAGUGUGUGUGCCACACCAGUGACACCCCCAACAAUGUGAUCUACGGACGAUACUGCGAGUGUGACAAUGUCAACUGUGAGAGAUAUGAUGGCCAAGUCUGUGGUGGCCCAAGCAGGGGCGUCUGUUCCUGCGGCCUAUGCAUGUGUCGUAACAGCUUUGAGGGCUCAGCCUGCCAGUGCCCGACGUCUACUUCGGGCUGCCUGAACAACAGGAUGGUGGAGUGCAGUGGCCACGGUCAAUGCCACUGUAACAGAUGCUACUGCAACCCAGGCUACCAGCCACCAUUGUGUGAGGAGCGUCUUGAUGGCUUCCUCCGCUGCUCCAAGUACUCCUCCUGUGCCAGGUGCUUGAAAGACAGCAGUGCAAUAAAAUGCAGUGUGUGUUGGAGUCUGCUGUUUUCCACAUUAAAUGACAAGACCUGUAUGACUGAACGGGACUCAGAGGGCUGCUGGAUGACCUAUACUCUACAUCAGCCAGACCGGAGUGAUAUCAAUUCCAUCUACAUAAAGGAAAAUCUAGUGUGUGCAGAAAGCUCCAAUGCCAACAUUUUACUGGGUGUUAUAGUAGGUAUCCUGCCGGCCGUAGGUUCCCUGCUGGCCGUUAUCUUCCUGCUGGUUUUCUGUAGGGCUUCCCUGAAGGGAACCCAGAAGGCUGCCAAGAUCUCCAGAAAGGAUGGGGCUCAAAGCACACUGGCACAGCAGCCUCAUUUCCAAGAACCCCACCAUGAGGAGCCAGUGUGGAAUCAGUAGAGACAGGGUACCCAAUGAAGGUGAGGCACCAGGACCAACUGGAUGGGACCAGCAAACCAUGCCUUCUCCACCCAAU